AUGCAUCAGCAACAUAUUAAGGAAAGGAAAGAAGAAAAACUACAUAAAGACGACAAAAGACAAAAAAGCAACGCAAUUUUUCAAGUAGACUAUGGAUUAUUGGUAGUUAAAACCUUGACUAAAACAACUAGAAGAAGCUAUUCAAUAAACCACAAGAAGUCGCCACCAUUGUAUAGCCUGAUCUUUUUAAAACCAUUCAACUUAAGCGUCUUCUUUGUUUAA